UGCUUUUGUAGAUUUAUACAAGUUUAAGUGGCUAUUUCUAACCGCUGGGACAACAAAUAACGUCUCACCGAAAAGAUGGCCGCACAGGAGGUCCGUUUGUGUGGCCUCCUCCUGCAGGAGCACUUCGGAGAAGUGGUGGAGAAGAUUGGGAUUCACCUCCUCCGCAGCGGAGCUCUAAACCUCCGAGCCGUCGUCCAGGAAACCAACACUUCUCUAGACCUGGUGAAGAAGUCCCUGUGUGUGCUGGUCCAGCACGGCAUGUGCACGUUCGAGCGCAGCCGACGGGGGGUCGUGGAAUACCGGGCGAGCUGCGAACGUGUCCUGCGCAUCCUCCGUUACCCGCGGUACAUCUACACGGCCAAGAGCCUGUACGGAGACACGGGGGAACUGAUCGUGGAGGAGAUCCUGCAGAGAGGUCAAAUGACCAUGAGCAGCGCUGUCAAAACCGUGGCGGACAGGCUGACGCACAACAUGGAGGAUGGACAGAGUAUGGACUACGCUGAGGUGAUAAAUUCAUUCACAAAGCUCGUGGAGACUCAUUUUCUGCAGCGCUGCCCUCCAGUGGUCGACCAGGGGACUGCAGCCACAGCAGAACCGUCAUCAGCAGGAGGCCCUGAUUCACCUGCCCCCACUGUAACCAAAUCAGCACAACCAGAGAAUCAUCCUGACUGCUACAAAGUGCCUCAAAUCCACCUCACUGGUCGGGGGAAACGCAGCCGCUCAAGUGAAGAUGGUGAAGGAGAUCAGAGAGCAGCAAAGAGAGCAAAAGUGGAUAACACAGAGCAUGGAGAUGAGGGGAUUUACUGGCGGGUGAACUUUGAGCGAUUCCACCUGCAUUUCAGAGAUCAGGUCAUUAUCAGUGCGGUGGCCAGUAAACUGGACCAGACAAGCAGUGAGAUUGUCAGGACGAUGCUAAGAAUGAGUGAAGUAACGACACCACCAAAUGCCGCCUACACACAACCUCUCUCUGCCAAUGAGAUCUUCCGGUCUCUUCCGCCUGGUUACAGCAUUGCUCGACCCAUCCUGGACCAGUACCUCACCCUACUGGUGGACGACCCGAUGGAGUUUGUGGGGAAGUCCGGAGAUAGCGGAGGAGGAAUGUAUGUCGUCAACCUGCACCGAGCGCUGGCCAACCUGGCCAAAGCCACGCUGGAGUCCGUGGUGCAAGAGAGGUUCGGGUCGCGGUCGGCCAGGAUCUUCCGGCUGUUGCUGCGGAAACGUCACUUGGAGCAGAAACAAGUGGAAGACUUUGCCAUGAUUCCAGCCAAGGAGGCCAAAGACAUGCUGUACACACUCCUGUCAGAGAACCUGGUUCAGCUCCAGGAAAUCCCCAAGACUCCAGACCACGCCCCCUCUCGAACUUUUUACCUCUACACUGUCAAUCAACUGUCCACUGCCAGACUACUGCUGCAGAACUGCUACAAGACAGUUGGGAACCUCAUUGAAAGAAGACUCUUUGAAACCAGAGAAAACAAGCGUCACUUGGAGAAGUCUCAGCGAAUCGAAGCGAUCCUGGCGUCUCUGCAGGCCAGUGGGGCGGACCAGGCCCAGCUCCAGGAGGUGGAGGAGAUGAUCACAGCACCGGAGAGACAACAACUAGAGACUCUACGUCACCACAUCAACAAGUUGGAUUCCAGUGAGAAUCAGGUGGAUGAGACCAUAUUCCUGUUGGAGGCCUACACCAGCUCCACCACAAAGGCCUCUCACUGACAAAGGGCUGAGUUAGACCCAGCCGGACAGCUGUGGAGAGCCCAUGGAGAGACUCAGUCAGACAGCUGUGGAGAGCCCAUGGAGAGCCUCAGUCAGACAGCUGUGGAGAGCCCAUGGAGAGCCUGUAUACAGGAGGAACCAUGGGUCACUCUGCAAUGACUAGACUUUUCUGUCUGACCUUAGCUCUGCCCUGGGAUUUAAGUUUGAUUAAGAAGGUUGUGUGUUUGUGUGUGUGUGUGUGUG